UGUUUUUGAUGUAUUUUAUGGUCAGAAAGUGGAGUAGCAAGCGCAGAAGAGAAUAGUUGUUGGGGAAGAGGGAGGGUUUACUAUGGUAUAGUAGUACUACAGGUCUCUUAGCUCUGACAUAAACAUCCAUUUCAUGACCGCCAUGACAAGCUCGAUGCCCGCGUCUCCGCCGCCUCUGGGUCGAGUCUAGUGGUCCAUCUUCACACACUGCUAUAUUACUUCUCUGUCUCUCUAGCUAAUUCAUUUUUUGUCUUGGGGUUAGAUUUUCAUGAUCCUUCAAAUAUAAUCUUCAGAAACCCACUUUCUAAUUUUGUGAUUUUGGAGGAAGAAACAAAAGAAGAAAUCGAUAUAAACCCAACAUCCAAAAUGGUUCCUCUGCAACUAGUACUACUGAACAUCUGUUUCUGAAGAUAUAUAUUUUGGAUUGUUUCUUUUUCUUCCUUUCAUCUUUGCAGAAUCAUAUACAGUACUUACUUAUAGAAACAAGAAUAAAAGGUUCAUCUCAACACCGUGGAUUGUCAUUUCUGAGUAAGAUUCUCUUAUUCUUCUCCUUCAAUACACAGAAACAGACACGUUGAUUUCUAAUCCUCACUCUCUUUGAAACGGCACCCAAAAUCCCGUAUCCGCGUAAACUACAUGCACGAUAGAAACUCAGAAAAAUUACAAGUAGAGAAAGUAAGUGUUGAAGUCUUGAGAGCGUGGAGAGAGAUAAGUAUUCAUCAUGGAAGACAUGAAAGGUCUGCAGCAGCAGCAGCAACUACAGCAGCAGCAGCAAGAUAUAAGAUCAGGUGGAGUGAUGAAGCAACAAUCUCAACAACAAAUACUUCUACAAGAAAACCCACAACCACAACAACCACAAAAAUGUCCUCGUUGUGAAUCACUUAAUACAAAGUUUUGCUAUUACAACAAUUACAGUUUAUCUCAACCUAGAUAUUUUUGUAAAGGAUGUAGAAGGUAUUGGACUCAAGGAGGAACCCUAAGAAAUGUUCCAGUUGGUGGUGGUUGUAGAAAAGGAAAAAGAUCAACACAAAACAAAAAACCAACAACUUCGUCUUCUUCUGCUACGUCUACUCAAGAUCAUCAUCAGCAACAGAAUGUAUCACAAAGUUCAACAUCCAAGACUUUAUUAAUGCCUUCUUCUGCUGCAAACCCGAGUCCUAUUUAUUAUUACCCAGGUGUGGGCGGGGGUAGUAUAGGAGCAGCAUCAGGGAUGUUUUUAUCAUCAUUGGCACCUUAUCAAUCUUUUAACCAGCAGAUACCCAUCAGUGCAAAUAAUGAUCACAACAAUAUUGGGGUUUCUAAUAAGGCUUUGCUACAAGGUUUUAGUCUUCCUUCUUUCCAGCAUCAACAAAAGCAACAUCAACUUCAACCUCAUUCACAAUACCUCAACAUGGGUGGAAUUACUAAAGAAGAAAAACCAAUUUUACCUUUGGAAGCAGGAAAUCUAAUUAGACCUCCUUCUACUCAGCAGCAUCAUCAUCAAGAAUGGUUUCUUCCGAACUUCAACAACAGUAAUCCAAUCGGUACCUCAGAAGGAGUUAACUAUUGGGACAGCCAAACCACCACCACCACCACCACCACCAACACAAACAAUGACAAUACCGCUACAGUAAGUACUACUGAUAGUACUACUACCACUCCUGUGAACCCACCACCAUCAACAGCAAUUCAGCAUCACUGGUCUGAUUUAGGAGGCAGUUUUGGUACUCCUACUACUACUGAUCAACCUUCUUCUCCUCCUUCAUCUUUGUUAUAACUUCUUCGUGAAGUUAAGUUAAUGAUCUGACCAUUUUUAUGACUGUAUACAUGAAAGAUCAGGACUUCUUUUGUUUGUUUUGGUGAUCUUUUUUUUCCACCCAUACAUCAUUAAUUUUUUGUUUCUUUUCUACCUUUUGUUUCUUUUGGUCUUUUUUAAUGGGCAUGUUUACUAGUA